AUGACCAGGAGUAUUGUGCUGUGUAGAUACAUGCUGUCGAUCCCUCCAGCGAAUGCGGGUAACCGGAAUGGAGAUGAUGAUGAGUACCGUGCAUUAGGGAGAUUUCAGAGGAACAAUCCUCCUGUCUUUGAGGGUGAACAUGAACCUGAUAAAGCUCAAGCUUGGCUGAAGGCUAUUGAGAAGAUCUUCAGAAGGUUUGAAGAAGAUGGCAUUGAGGUUACUUGGGAUCUUUUCCGUGAUGUUUUCUUGGAGAACUAUUUUCCUGAAGAUUGUCGUGGGAAGAAAGAGGUGGAGUUCCUUGAGUUGAUGCAAGGAAAUGGUACUGUUGCUGUUUAUGCCGCUAAAUUUCAGGAGCUUAUCAAGUAUUGUCCUCACUAUAAUACUGCUAAUGCUGAGAGAUCUAAAUGCUUGAAGUUUGGUCAUAAAGUUGCGGAGUGCAAGAAAGAGGUUACUACUUGUUUCAAGUGUGGCAAGUAUGGUCACAUAGCUACUAAUUGUAGAGGUGGUUCGAAUGUGACUUGUUUCAACUGUGGAGAGAAAGGCCACGUUAGUACAAAAUGUGACAAGCCAAAGAAGGAGCAAGCAAAAGGAAAAGUGUUCGCAUUGUCUGGUGCGGGAGCCACUACUGAUGAGAGGCUAAUUCAAGAAGAUUUAUUCUUGUCCGCUAAGCAAGUCGACGAAUCAGUUCAAGGUGGAGCUGAAUUGUUUAUGUUAUUAGCAACCUUAGAGGUGCGCGAAAAGAGAACCAUUGAGGAUUUGCCUAUAGUUUGUGAAUUUGCGGAGGUAUUUCCUGAUGAUAUAAUUGACUUACCACCGGAAUGA